AUGUUCGAUGUGUGUGGUUUUUCUACUGUGAACGCUUUCACCUUGGGUUUCACAAGCCGCUGUCUCGUAGGCGCUCUUCUGCUUCCCUUCACUGUUGUGAAGGCUCAAGCAGAGGCUGGAUUGACUGGAGGGCGUUCCACAUUCUCAUCCAUUCGCUGGCUCUACACGACGGCUAAAUGGCGAGGAAUUUACAGUGGUCUGCUACCAACCCUGGCACGUGACAGUCCAUACUCUGGCAUCUACCUCCUAUUCUACACACAGUUCAAGAACCUCAUCUUCCCAAGUGACACCAUCGACACCACUGUGCCUGCACACAUACUCAGCGUCUGCGCACUGCUUGCUGCUAUGUGCGCUACUGCAGUCACUCAGCCUGCUGAUGUGCUUCGUUCCAAUCGCCAGCUCUCUAUUGUCACCAUUCCGCUGUUGAAAGCUGAUAGUAACAAUCAACGGAAAGCAAACACUGUAGAUCAGUUGCUCACUUCCAAAGUGAAAGACAAUUUAGAGAAUCUCCCCUGUGAUUUUUGA